AUGAUGGCUUCAAAGGUGUUGAUCCAGAAGCGUUUGGCGUCGGCCGCUGCUGCUCAUUCGACCGGUCUGUCGAGCGCGGUUGAAACCAAAGUUAGCAAGUUACCCAACGGCCUUACUGUGGCUUCUGUCGAAGCUAAUGGACCUGUUUCUUCCCUGGUGUUGGCCUAUCGUGCUGGAUCUAGGUAUCAGCAACCAGAUGAAGCUGGAUUGGUUCAUCAUUUGCGAAACAAUGUUGGCAAGGACUCGGCCAACUACUUUGGAGUCAAGUUGUUGUGGCAAAUUGGAUCGGUCGGUGGAAACGUUGUUGCUACACAUGGAAAAGACGUUCUGGCUGUUCAGACUAAUGUGGUAAGUGUUUUUGAUUAGUUUUUUGGUUUUUAGGUAUCAAAUUGAGGUUUGCUUGUUGUCGAAGGGUAUUGAAAGCAAGAAAACAUAAAUUUCUAUUGAUUUUAUUGUUUUAUGUUUAUUUUUUGAAGGUUUUGGCUGUUUUCGUUAGAUUUUCCUUGUUUUAUGGCCGUUUGCUGUCGAAAACUGAUUUUUUUGCUUUUUAUUUUAAAAAUUGAUUAAUAUGAUAAUUUUUAGCUUCGGGACAACUCAGCUAUUGCUGUCUCUAUUUUGGGAGAGUUGGCCAAGCCAGCUCUGAAGCCAUGGGACGUUUUGGAUGCUAAUACUACAUUGGCUUCGGAUUUACAAUAUCAACAGCCGUUCGAGCAAGUAGUCGACUUGGUUCAGCGUGCCGCGUACAGGUAAUUUGAUUUUAGUAGUAUGGAAAAAAAGUUUUAGCUUUUUUGGCUGUUGGAAAGAAAGUUUUUUCAGUUUUUUAAUAAUUUGAUAUUGAACUGCGUGCCAUUUUAACCCUAACUGUUUCAGAAAUGGCUCUCUUGCCACCCCAGUGAACGCUCAGCCACAUGAGCUUGGCAAGGUCACCUUUAAGCAGCUGGAAGCCUUCUCCAACUCACGUUUAGUCAGUGGAGAAGCCGUCCUUCUGGGUGUGAAUGUGGAACACUCCGACCUCUUGGGCUAUGCACAAGCUCAGACAGCUGUCGGAGAAGGUCGAGGAAAAGAAGCCGCUCCAUCUCCAUACAUUGGAGGCGAUAUCAGAGUUGCCGGCCCAUCAAGUCUGGCUCAUGUUGUGAUUGCUGGUGAAGGUGCGGGUCUGAAGGAUGUCAAAGCUGUGGCAGUUCAAAAGGUAUUGGCCGCUUUGGUUGGUCAAAGUAAGUGUUUUUUUGAGGAUUAAAAGGAUUUUUUAAAUGAAAAAUAAUUUUUUUUUUAAUUUUUUGUUCAAAAUUUAUGAACACUUUGCCUAUUUUCAGCCUCUGAAGUCAAAUUCAGCGCAUCUGCAGGCAGCGGAGUUGUGGGCGCAGCCGUCCAGAAGGCCGCCAACCAAAGACCGGUCGGAAUAUCGGCCGUUGAUGUAAACCAUGCCGAGACUGGUCUGGCCGGCGUCUACAUUGUUGUGGAAGGCCAGUACGCCGAGCCAACCGUCCGUGCUGCCUUCGACGGCCUAAAACAAGUGUCAUCAGGAGUGGAUGGAGCCGUCCUCGAAGCUGCCAAGUCGAAUGCCAAGGUCAACGCCUUGUUGUCGUUGGACAACACUGCCGAUUUGGCCUUCGAGUCGGCGGCUGAAGCUCUGGCUCAUGGUGGAGUAACCUCACCAUUGGAGUUGGCCGAAGAAAUUGGCAAAGUUUCGGCUGAAGAUGUGAAGAAGGUAAGGGUUUGGGGCAGGAGAUGGUGGUUCUUGAAGGAAAACGAGGUUUUUCAUUGGGGGUUUUGGCGAUAAAUGACAUUUUUUAAAAGAAUUUAGAGAAAAAAUAGUGAUUUCCUUAAGGGUUUUGGAUAAAAAUUGACUUUUUUAAAUGAUUUUCGAAGAAAAAAUGCAGUUGUUGAACCAUUUUCGGGUGGAAAAGGACAAUAUUUUCAUUUUCAGGCGGCUGAAAGGAUCGUCAAGAAGCCGUCGGUAGCAGCGUUCGGCCGCGUGAACCAAGUCCCCUUCGUCGACCAGCUCUAA